CGUAGCUCUCCUCCAUCACGUCCCGACCUGCCGUCGCCGAUCCCACCGCCGUUCGUGGAGCUGUCUCUGCCAAGAUCGCGCACGCCAUGUCUGUCUCGACAUCCCUUCAGCCGGCGCCGUCUCCCACAGCGUCGGAGAGUCUGCUGCCAUCCCCGUCCGCUUCGCCUUCCCCGUCUCCGUCGUCGUCGCCGCUCCCCAUAUACAACGUCUCCGAUCCAAGCAUCAAGGGAGUCCUGCUCUGGCUCGGCAUCACCACCAUCGUGGCUAUCCUGUGUAUGAUCGCGUAUGAAGUCAUCAGGGUCAGGCAGUUCAUGAAACGGGUACUCUAUACCCGGCGCCUCACCACAAAGGACCAGACUCCGCCGAUCCCAAAGGGCUGGCUGAGCUGGGUCAAAGUGGCUGUUACCACAGACGAGUCAUUUUUUCUUGAAAACAUUGGCCUCGAUGCUGUGAUGUUUCUUCGAUUCAUGCGAACAUCGUUCCUGAUGUUUGGACUGCUCGCCGUCCUCUUCACGCCAUCGCUUACGCCGCUCAACAAUUACCUCUCGGUCAUCGGCGACACCAUCACCAUGGUCAACACCACGGACCACACGGUUCUGUUCCAGGACCAGCAAAUGGACAGCUUCAGCGUCGCAGGGAUUCAGCAGGGAUCGCAGGCCUUUUGGGUCCAUGUGCUAUGCGCCUACACGGUCACGGCCUCGAUGCUCGCCUUUCUGUAUAAGGACUACAAGUUCUAUGCCAACAUGGCCACGGCGUACUUCAAGGAAUACGACGGCGUCCUCGCCAGACGUGCCCCAAGCUGGCGGCGUGGCGAGCUCAUCCAGCUGCGGACCGUCAUGGUCCAGGGCAUCCCGCACCGGAUCCGAGACGACGAGCAGCUCAAGGAUUGGUUCAACUCGCUGGGCAUCGGCGAUGUGCAGCGAGUCACCAUCGAUCGGCGCUCCAGCAAGAGCGUCGAGAAGCUCAUGUCGAAGCGGAACCGCACCCUGGCCAAGCUCGAGAAGGCCUACGAAAUGUGGUAUCGGCGCAUCGUCAAAGAGCGGGAUGCGCUUGUUGGUCCCAAGCGGCCCUGGUACAAGCCCGGCUGGCUUGUGUACUUUUUGAAGAAAUCCAACGACCUUGAUCGGGAGAAUACGCUUCCGUUGGAGAUCUCCGAGGGCCUGACCGACGAGAAGAUCCAGGGUCUCCGUCCGACCCUCACACGCACCCAGACCCGGCGCACCGAUCAGGAGGACAUGAUUGCGUUCUAUUCCAAGAAGUUGGUCUUGCUCACACACCGCAUCAAGCAGCAGCGGCUAAUCGCUCGCAACCCGGACUGGUACAUCUCCGAGAACGACGUGUUCUACAACAGCACCGGAUUCGUGACGUUCAAGUCCCAGCGCGCCGCCCAGAUGGCGGCCCAACUGCUGACCUAUACCACUCCGGACCCAUCCGAGAUGAGGGUGCUGCUUGCACCGUCUCCACAUGACAUCAUCUGGGGAUCAGUGUCGAUGCCGCUGUGGAGGCGCUACAUGCAACGCAUUGUUGUUGGCGCCGGUGUCUUUUUCUUUUGCCUCUUCUGGACCAUCCCGGCUGCGGCUGUGUCGUCACUCGUAAACCUCGACAAUCUCGCCAAGAUCCCAUACUUCAAGAACAUCAUCACCAACCUUGUCGCCGACAACCCGACUCUUACCUUCCUUAUCAACUCGCUUGGACCCCCGAUGGUUCUUGGCCUGCUCAACUUGCUGGUGCCAUACAUCAUGAUUUAUAUAUCGUACCUUGAAGCCCGAUAUGCACACACAGAUGUUGAAGUGGCAACGCUGACCAAAUACUUUUUCUUCCUGUUCUUGAACGUCUUUUUCGUGUUUGCCCUCAGCGGCGCAUUUUUUGGAAUAGUGGUCGAGUUCUGGCAGAAUCCGAUGACGAUCAUCACCUCAUUGCUGGCCACGAAGCUUCCGGGCGCCAGCACCUUCUUCAUCAACUACAUUCAGUACUCGAUCAACUUCUUCUCACUCGAACUCAUCCGCCCAGGGGCCACCAUCUACGACCUAAUCACCUACCGCUUCUUCAGCUUCACACCGCGCGAUUUUCACGAGGGCAGCUUGACGACGUCGUACCUCAACUACGGAGCGCUCUAUCCGUUCCCACUGCUUGUCUUUGUCAUCAUUUCCUGUUAUGCAGUCAUUGCACCACUUGUGCUCCUGCCGGGCACGCUGUUCUUCCUGAUCGGGUGGGUUGUAUACCGCAACCAACUGCUCUUUGUGUAUGUCAAGGAGUGGGAAGGAUAUGGCAGGCACUGGUGCAAGGUUUUUACGUACUGCAUCGUUGGAAUCGUCAUCGGUCAGUUGACCCUUUGCGGGGUGCUGAUGGCAAAGAACGUGCUUAUCCCAGCUAUCGUUGUGUUUGCUCUUGUCCCGAUCACCGUCGCGUUUCACCGAUAUUGCGAAAUCGCAUUCAAGCAACGAACUGUCAAACGGUUCAUUCCGCUCGAUCAGCUGUUUGAGGGCCCCGAUCUCACAGCGCAGUCGCUCGCAGGCUCAGCGGACGCACUGGCUCCCAAGCCUUCGGGAACGAGCGACAGACACCCAAAUGCAACCCAAUCAGAAAUCGCAGCCGAUCGUACCGAAACGGCUGGUCAACAAAGAUCAGACGAGCGUUCGGGGGUGCUGCAGGUCCACACAACCCAGCCGGCCGCACCCCCGUCGCUGACAAUCUCACCAGCAGCCCCCACGCCGCUGGUACCAACACCAAUGACACCGGCCGCUCUGGACUCCUUGGGAGCCGACAGCCCCAUCGAGACCGAAUUUGUCACGUCCCCAGAGCACCAUAACCUUGAACGGUACAUGACCAAGUACGUCAAUCCGGCGUUCUCCAAGCCGCUGCAGAAGCCCUGGGUCAAUCCAGCCAUCGCGGAGUUCUGGAACACCAUGCCCAAGGGUGUGUCCAACAGUGAUCUGGCUGAGCUCUGCGACAAAAAGUUUGUUCCGCUGGAGGCACAUAUACCCGUCGUCACGAUCUCGGCCGCUGGCAAUCUCGACAACGUCCCCAUGGACUCCAACAGCAGACUACUCGACGAUGGUGCCAAGGACGCCGAUAUCGACGCGCAGGGAUACAACGAAUCGGAUUCGUCUCCAGGCUCGUCAGGAGCUGCCAGCGUUAGAGACGGAGAUGGGCCCGAGAGUGAGCGACAACAACUAUGAUGUCGUUGCCUAACGGACAGGCCCAUUCCAAAGGGUUUGCGUCCAACCAACACGAACAAACGAAGGGAUACCCACAGGGUCUUGGCUCGCCUUGAGGCGGUAUACGUCAAGUCCGAAGGUUGGACACAGGGAUCAGCAAGCAUAUCAGACAAGAGUAAGGUGCCGUCCGAAUGGAUGACGCUGGAAAUUUCACCAUCUUAAUAUAUGCAUCCGUGAUGCACAGUGACCAUUCGCCUCGUGGAAACAGG